AACACACAUGUAUCGAGUUCUCGAAAAUCUAACUCUGCGUAAACGCCGCACCGUCGCUCAUCCCCGCGUCAUCACAGUGCGACUGUUUACAUUGCGCUCCUCCGCUGCAGCAGCAGCAGCACCACCUGCACACCGGUUCCCCCCGAAUUCCCCCGUCGUCUCGUCCUCGGGAGGAUGACUAUGGACGUGACCUUCCUCGGGACCGGCUCGGCCUACCCGUCUCCGCACCGCGGGGCGUCGGCGCUGGUGCUGCGGACCGAGGGGGAGUGCUGGCUGUUCGACUGCGGGGAGGGAACCCAGACGCAGCUGAUGAAGAGCCCGCUCAGAGCCGGUCGGAUCACCAAGGUUUUCAUCUCCCACCUGCACGGAGAUCACCUGUUUGGUCUCCCUGGUCUCCUUUGCACCGUGAGCCUCAACACCAACCCGGAGCAGCAGCACCUGAGCUGCGUGCACAUCUACGGGCCGCGGGGCCUCCGCCACUUCCUGAGGGUGACGCUCGGCCUCACGGGGUCGCAGCUGCUCUUCCCUUACGCAGUGCACGAGUUGGAGCCGACACCGGACCAGAGUCCAGAGGAGGGACAACUCAGCGCCGAGAUGACAGCGGAGUGUGGCCCUCUGCACCCACAGGAGCAGCCGGGCAGGACCAUCUUCCUGGAUGUUUCCAGCGACAGUUACCUCCUCUUUGAAGACAACAAGUUUUCGGUCAAGGCCUUCAGGUUGUUUCACCGCAUCCCUUCCUUCGGGUUCUGUGUUCAGGAGCGUGAUCGACCCGGGAGGCUGAGGACUGAGCUCUUGAAGGAGCUAGGCCUGAAACCCGGGCCGCUCUAUGGGCGGCUGAAAGCCGGCCAGCCUGUAACUCUGGCGAGCGGGCGCGUCCUUCUGUCCGGCGAGGCGCUGGAAGAAGCCGUUCCCGGUCGGAAAGUCUGCGUCUUUGGGGACUGCAGCGGCGCCGUCGGGGACGGAGCACUGAGGCUGUGCAGCGAGGCCGACGUUCUGGUCCACGAGGCCACGCUCGGGGAGGAGCAGCGCGAGAAGGCGGUGGACCACGGACACAGCACCCCGGUGAUGGCGGCGGCGGUGGCUCGGGCCUGCCGCGCCCGGCGGCUGGUGCUGCACCACUUCAGCCAGAGGUACAAACCCGGCUCGCUGCAGAGGGAAGGCGACGAGGACGACGUGUCGCAGCUCAAGAGGCAGGCGGAAGAAGCGCUACGGGACAGCGGUAUCGAGGUGACUUUGGCAGAGGACUUUCUCACUCUGCCUGUUCCUCUCAGAAGACCAUAGUUAUUUUAUAUUCCCUCGCUCCGUUUCGGCUGUCGUUAUCAACGCGAUGCCGUUUACACAUUUGGCUCUUCAAAGUUAGCGAGUUGGAGAUGACUUGAGUUUCUUUACCUUUUCUCCUUUUGGUCCUGUAAAGUUGAGUUUGACAGCUGACUCUUCCCUCAGAAACAUCAGGUGACAAAAUAACCUCGGCCCCUUUUCCUUGUUUUUCCCUACAUUUCUGUAGGAUUUCCUGACAAUUGUUUAUUAUAGUAAUUGUCACACAACAAUGCAUUGAUUAUCCACUAUGCAACUGGUCCAUUGACAAUUUGAAUCCAACUGUUUUAAUGGAAAGUCUCUAAAUUAAAUCGCAUCAAUAAUGAAAUGGUCGGUUUUGGUUUUAGUUGCGUCUUUUUUGCGCUGUUAACUGAAUACUAAAGCAAUCUGAUUUUGUGAUGAUAAAGAACAUACAGCCAUUUGUGAACAUCUCUCAGGGAGACAUUUCUGUAUUUAGGGACACAAAAUAUCUAAUGUUUAGAGUAAAGUAUAGAAGAAAAACCUUUUUAGUCAAUUCUCAUUGUGAAAUCUUUUACUCUAUUACUAAAAUGUGUUUUCACAUUAUAUUACACAUGUUUUUUUUGUUUUUUUUAAUCCGUGGACUCCAGUUGUCUUCCAAGUGUUAUAAAAAGAGAAUUAUUACAUACAAAGCAGUUUGUCAGUUAACUAAAUAUUAUAUAUAUUGGGAUACUAGCACUUUCCCCGAAAGAGCAUAGUCCCACUAAGCAAAGAUUCCAAUUAUUCCAUCAUGUAAACACAAUGUUUCAGCUCGGUCAGUAUUACGUAGACGACAGAUAUUCCGUCCUCUCUCUCGCUUGAAAGUGUCAUUAAACAAAUGUUUAAUGAUUCUACACCGGAAAGAAUUUUACCUUUUCAUGACACUUUUUUUCACGCUAAGCUAGACCUAUAUCAAUAUUCAUGCUGUUCUGAUUUCUUUAAUGAGCUUUGCUAUGGCUUUUCUCAUGGUUUGUGUUACUUUUCAAGGCAUGCUAUCCUGUGAAAUGUUUCAUUAAGCUUCAUCAUAGAAUAAAUCCAUGGCAUCCAUGACUAUUGUAUGCCUUUUUUUUUAGCCUUCCAACGUCUUUGAGACGAUAAACACAAAACAAACAUUUCUGCACCUUUUCCAGAGCUUUAUUUCUGGAUCUGUACACAAGGUAUUAAAGUACAACAGAAAUACAAAAUAAUGUUUAACCAAACGAGAAAGAAAACUCAAUGUUUAUGUACAAUUCUUAUAAACAAUAAAGAUAGCUUCUUGAACAUUUCUCAUAUUGAAGUUUUGAUUGUCUAUAUUUCUGGAUAUACAUUGUUAGGUUCUGUAGUUUUUAUAUUCACAAAAGGAGUUUGUUUUCAUCAGAGGACUUGAGUUAUUUUUCAAAACCACAACUGCUAUACUUGUUAUUCCUUUUUAAACUUCCAAACACAAUACAAAAUUAAUUUGUUUAGUGCUGUCUUGCACACACGUCUCAUACCGGAGAUAUCAAUAAAAUAUCACAUUUUUCGAGAGUUCACAGGGAGGUGAAAACCUACUUCUACUACUUAAUGGCCUUUACAUUCUGACAGUUUUUCUGAGUCUUUGUACAAACCACAGGUGAAAUAAAUAUCACUGCACUGCUAAAGCUAGAAGAGCUUUGAGGACCUACUGCAUUAUGCACAUUGCAUUAAAAGAGAAACGAACGCUCCACAUACUUAGAACAGCAGCCAUCCCUUUACCAUCAAGACAAAGAUAGAUAUGGAAGAAAAAAAAAAGCGAGGAGCGUCUUUUACACGUGGCUGCAAGUUUUGAAGGCAAAAUUGCAACAUAAUAGGUAAUAUCAAUAGGUCUUCAGGUAAAGCCAUUUUCAGUGGUACAAUGGGAAAACCGACACAGCUGGCAUGCGCGGGUACAGCCGGGUCCGGGGGGGGAUCAGGGCUUCCCAAAGAGAGAAAGUAUAUUCACACACCAACUGGCAAAAUGCUAAACCCAAAAGAGCUGUACAUAUCUACAAAUUAUUGCCUUUUGUCAAGGAAUCAAAUUAAAACCUUUCUAUGCACAUAGAUUCACAAGUGUAAGAGGUCAGUUAAUAGACUUUUAAAGGCUAUUUGCUAAAUAUUUACAUGAAAUGCCGUGAAUAUCCUCUCUGACGGUUUAGAAGCAUGAAUCCUGUCUGUACACACUGAACGGUGAAUUACUACAUGGAAGGACAUGACAAACAUGAUGUACCCCUGAAACAAACUAAUUAGUCAUAGCACAAUGCAUAGAUAAAUUAAGUAAACACUACUACUGCAUCCAAUCGACCAGAGAGGACCCGCAAAAAACAUUUAAAAAUUCACAAUUCUGGACAGUCAUGAGACAACAGCUCCAUUUCUGCUACUGGACUGCAAGAAACCGUUGACUAGAUUACACAAGGCGUUCUCUAGUCAGUACAGAUU